UACUCUCUAAUCUGUGGGUGUGUUAUUUUCUCUGAUAAAAUUUUGUUUGUUGGAGUACGAGCAGGUAUUCAUAAAAACUAUAGCUAUUUCAGAAAAAAAAACACUAAAUUAUGGCAGAUUCCACAGUUACCGAUGUAUCUAAGAUGAAGGUAGUAGACUUAAGGAAGGAAUUAAAAUCCCGAGGUUUGUCGUAUGCUGGUGAUAAAGCGGAACUAGUCGCAAGGCUCCAAGCAGCAAUGUCUCAAGAUGAUCACGGCGACAUUAACCUUGAUUCAGACGAAAUAGAUUCGGACGGUGUACUAGAGGAUGAAGAUGAUAAAAGCCAGACUGAUAUUCUGGAUGACUCUGCAGUUGACACCAUAAAUGAAGAACUUGCAUUAGCUGACAACCCACCACCCGUUAAAUCUGCUCCCGAAACAAAGCACAGGGUUUUGAAAAGAAAGAUAACUUUGUCAGAGACUGAUAAAGACAAGUCCGCAGACAAGGAUUCAGGGUCAAAGAAAAUUGUACUAAAUCGGUCAACAUCAACUCAGCCAAAACCAGUUGUAGAAGAACCGACACAAAACAAGCCUCUGGAUGACAAUAAACCUUCUGAAAGUAACAAAAUCCGCAUAACAGCUGAAAUUGACCCUAAAACAAGAUUAGAAAUGAGAGCAAAGAGAUUUGGCUUGCCAGUCAAAAUGAGUGAAGCUGAAAGAAAGGAAGCCAGAAAACAAAGAUUUGGUCAAGGGACUGGCACUGCUACUUCUGGAGUGUUAAGUACAGGGACCACAGGAUCUUUAUCAGAGAAUAUAGACAAACUGAAGAAAAGAGCAGAGAGAUUUGGACAGUCUGUAUCUAAAAUAAUGACAGAUAUAGAGAACAAAGAAAGGCUUGAAAAGCGCAAAGAAAAAUUUGGGAAAGUUAAAUAGAUUUGACUGAGGGAUGUAUGUGAGUUUGAAUUAAAUAGAUUCUAACAUUGUUAGUUGUAACUUGACAGUAAGCAUACUGUAUUAAAUAAUUGUUCAUUA